GGUUGGGUCUCCGGCUUUGUUUUGCGCCUGCGCAGUCAGCUGAACGCGCUUAAUAGUUGCUGCUGUUUGGGGCACGGCGUUGUUGCCAUUUAACACUUAAAUAGGUGAUAUCGUGUCCCUUUGCAUUAACCAAGGAAACUUUUUCUAAAAUUAGAAUAUUUAAUUUUGAUAAGAUUUUUUUCUCUCAACGAUGUUUCAGCCGACGGUAAAGAAUUUCAAAAUCAGUUUCAGCGUCGUAAAUGACAGGAAUACAUUCUCCAGUGGCGACAUAAUAACAGGACACAUCUCCUUCGACCUCGCAAAGGAGACGAAUAUCACUUCAAUAACGAUGGCACUGACAGGAAGGGCGAGUGUCCACUGGUCCGCUGAUGUAGGAGGAGGAGGGAGGAGAAGACGGCGAGUCCACUAUUCGGAAAAACUGGACUUCUUUAACUUCAAAAGCGCCAUCGUGCAAGAAAACAGCGCUACUGGUGGGACAACAAAAUUUCAGCCUGGCACGCAUGUCUAUCCAUUUACAUGUCAGCUCCCACAGGGGGACUUCCCAUCCGCCUUCCGUGGGGUUCACGGGAAAAUCGUCUACACCUUGACAGUGGGCUUCAACAGACCCUGGCGUAUGUCCAAGGACUUUGUGACAGAGUUGAACUUUGUGAACUGCGUUGAUACCAACCAGCCAGAGCUGUGGGCCCCUCUCUCAGGCUCCAACAACAUGACACUGUGCUGCCUGUGGUGUGCCUCAGGCCCCAUCACAAUGACAGUCAGUAUAGAGAAGAAAGCCUUCAUCCCUGGUGAAAGUGUGAAAAUAGUUUGCGACUUUAGCAAUGCUUCAUCUCGAACAGCUACUCCAAAGGUGAGACUGCAGCAGAAACAGGGUUUCUACACCCACAACAAGGCCCACAAGAGAAUGAUUUUCAAAAACUUUGCGUCAGUGACUGGACAGCCCAUCAGCGCUCACACCUCUGACGUGCACACUGAGAUCAUACUCACUAUUCCAUCGUCUGCAACGCUCACCAUCUCUAACUGCAGCAUCCUGGAAGUGGAAUACUUUAUUGAGGCGACCCUCAGAGUAACAGCUUUCCCGGACCUCACCGUGCUGUUUCCAAUCAUCCUGUGUGACACCCUUGUAAACACUCAUCCCCCACCUUAUUUGUGAGUAAAUGUGGGAACACCUUGAAAUGUUUGAAAUAUAUGUAAUAUUAGAUUAGAUGAAAAUAUAGAAUAUGUAAUUUCUCAGUGUGACUUGUUACUGGAAGAAUCUUGUUUCUCAGGAUUUUUGUGUCAUGGUCACCACACCAGGGGAGACCUUUGCCACUGAGCAUUAAAUGUUUACAGCUCAACGCACAGUUUGUGGUGAAACAUCCCAUGACACUUGUAUGUUCAGUUAUACUUCUAAAGAUGUCUCUUCUUCGCUUUUGCUCAUUUUGGUACUCUUCAGCAGUCAAAUUCUAUCUCUGUUUAUUUUAUUGUGUACUACUUGAUGUUUUGCUUGUCUCUAUGUGUUUUAAUAUUUACCACUGCAGGCGAUAUCCUUUCUUGCAUUGCUUUAUUUUAUUAUUGAACCACAGUCAACUGUGUAAAUCAUUUCUAUGUUUAGAAUGCUUAUUAUUGUCAUUCUGUUUAAACAUAUUUCCCCCAUGUUUUCCCCCAGCUUUAUAAUAGUGAAAUGAGUUAUAUGUGUGUGUGUGUGUGUGUGUGUGUGUUUGAUUGCAUCUUUGUCAGCAUAAUUGCGAAAACUUUAAAAUGUCAUGACACAAAGCUUGUUUUGUGGAAACUGCCUCAGAGCAUCAUACUGUGGUCACACAAACUGUCAUUCAGUUUUCAGAGCGUGUGUGUUUUAUAUGCACUAUUCACUAUAGAUUAUUGUAAAUCUACAUUUUAGGAUUAAGUAGAUUGAAGCAUGUGGGAACUGAUGUGUUGUAGUUUAAAUGUUAUUACCACUUAUACCAUACCAAAGAUGUUAUUAUCGACAUGCAUUUAACAUUCGGAUAAGAUUCUCCUGUUCUUGCCUAAAUGGAAAAAUGUUACUUUUUGUGAAAUCCCAGCUGGGUCGUUAAGGGAUUGUCUCAGAUAGUCCUAAAAAAACAACGUCAAGAACCUGCACUGACCUAUUGUAAAUGCUAUAAUUUGGAAUAUAUUAUUGUAAGUAUAUGUUUAGUAUGUCUAUAAUCUGACUAAAUUAGAAGUUUGGGAACAGUAAAGGUAAAUGCGCUCUUAAUGAGGAUGUUGAUGACAAAGCCCUUCCAUGCAAACAGCUGAAUGCUCGGCUGAACUGAUUCAAUACCACGUACCAGAUUACUUUUUUGCCCCCCCUUCAGCAAAGAAAACGCUGCAAGUAGAGUGUAAACUAAAUUCACUCACACUGUCAUUGCGAAUUAGCUUAAUUUCCUGGAGGAAAGCUGUCUAUUCAGCUGGCACUCCCUCUAUGGGAGCCAGUAUGUUAAUAUUCACUAACAUCGAUGGCUGGCUGUUUUUAUGGUUGAUAACAUCUGAGAGCAGAAGAUCUGAGAUCUUCUCAGGCUGCUCCUUUCAUAUGUGAAAAUGAAAAAUGUUAAUGUUUUUGUUUAAUAUAUAAAAUGAAUUUACAGUAUUGGAAUUUAGAACUUGUGCUUACUAUAGUUAUAGCUGGCUACCAUACUGACUAGCUUUAGCUGUUGCUGGGCUUCAUCCUCAUUGCCUCUUUGUUUUGGACAGCCUCUCGCAUCUCUGGGCCACUCGUCCGGUCACCAACUUAACUGGCUAUCAAUAAUUUUAUGCUACAUUUAAUUAAGUACAUCUAAAGUAAAUGUACGUAGACCCUUCUCUGUCUCACAGUCAUAUCUGUGCCAUGUAUUGUAGCCUAAACAGUGCGUCCAUCAGAACGGAAGGUGGCUUGACUGCAUCAGCUAUUUACUGUUGUAUGUAUGGCUGAAAGGCUGGUUUAUAGCAGUUUGAAAUCCCAAUAUUAAAGUGAAUGUGGCCCAACUCUCCA